AUGUCUCAAAACGAGGACACAAAACCAACGACGGCGGGAGACAAAAUCCCACCUGAGAUUUGGUCAAUGAUCCUGGAACCUUUGGAAGCUGAACUCCCGGCUCAGUCAUGGGCAAGGCCUGUCAGCCAAAACCAUCCUCAAAACACAAAAGUUCUCGCUUCAGCAUCUGGAGUUUCUGAAAUAACUCAUCCCGUUGCGAACCAAUUCUUAUACCGAACCUUGGACUUGGAAUCCCUCCAAAAACCUGGAGUAAGCACAGUGUCGCUUCUCAGAGCAUUUGCCGAUCAGCCAAUUCUGGGAGAGUAUGUCCAAAAAUUACGUAUUAAUUCCAGCAAACUUGUUGCUACCUCAAAUGACGAUAUCAAGUGGGAUGAGCUCUUCAAGAGCGUAGAGGCAAGAAUUAGGGCACCUGGUCUCAAGGGUGAGGCCAGGCAAUGCCUCCAGAUGUGGUUAAAUACCACAAGACAGAAUAAAGACUUCUCGGAUAUUGCAACGCCAUUUGUUUUGCUUCUUCCGAGACUCCAAGUUCUCGAAUGUCAACUGAAGAGGUGGGAUCCGUUGGUAGGAUGCCUAAAGAACUGCGCUUCACUAACUGAGGUGAGACUCAAAACCACCAGCGAGACGCAUCCAGUCAAUAUCACCGAGAUUCUGCCCGCUUUGAUGCAUCCCACUCUUAAGGUAGUUCGUCUCGAUGGGUUUGGCUCAGACCAAGAAUUUGGGCGAAAUUUGAGGCCCAAUGACAGCGUUGAAACUGUCGAUCUCGGAGAUUCUUAUCUCAAUAUAAACGGAAUAUCUGGAAUUUUCCAACUGUUCCCGAAAAUUAAGAAUUUCUCCUACGAAUUUGGCAGCCCUGAAAGAAUGAGACACUGCAACCGAGAGCAUAUCAAAGCCAGAAAACUUGGUGAAAAGUUAAGAGAAGUCGGAAAGAACUUGGAAUCCCUGACAAUCGAUGCGGUAGUUCUUUUCCAAUUCCCAGAAAUUGAUAAUAGUACCCUCGGGCCGCUCAAGGACAUGAAAUCAUUAAAACGCCUUUGUGUCUGCGAGGCUUUCUUCAUUAAACAAGGAGAGGGCCAAGACGAAGCUGGGGCCUGGAACAAUGCCUUUCCUUCGCAGUUGGAGUCAGUCCAUUUUCUACCCAAAGCAAGAAUUAUUGGCGGUACCUUUCCACCCUGGACGGACGUGGGAUUACUCAGCCACGUCGCAGAAUACCUUUUGAACAAUGAAGAGAGGUUCGAGAGCCUCAAAAAGGUUUCAGUGGAGUUGCAUAGCUCAAAAGCUCAGCUCAGACAUGGGAGCGGGGAAGUGAUCGAUGAUUGGUUCGGUGACUGGAAGAUCGAAAGGAGGGAAGAGUGGGUUUCUAUGGUGCCAUCGUUUUUUUAUGGUGGCGAAUUUAAACCGACUAUUAUUGAGUUUACUCGGUCCGGAAAGGUGCCAUCGUCUACUGGUUGA